UAGUGGGUCUCAACACAACAACUGACAGCUCGACUUUACCGAGCAACGAUUUUCCCAGCUAAAUUCGCCGAGUCUCGUGUUUUCCAAUCAACCGACGAUUCUUCUUUUUUAUUACUAUUAUUAUUAUUAUUAUUAUCCUUUAUUUAAUCCGAACCAUUGAAACUUUGUGGAUUGGAUUUUUUUCUUUUUUUCCUUUUUUUUUUUCCAAGAGGACUACUUUAAUGGGCCACCUAUAAUAACAUGGACCAAAGUGUCGCGUUGACGUUUAUCGUUUGAAAAAAAGGACAAAGAUAGUGAUCAGUGACUUUGUCCUGAAACUUCAGGAUUCUGGUGUUGACAGCAAUGUACGAGAUUUUCGCUGUUUGGUCUCGUUUAGGACCUUUUUUAAUCUGUGUUGUCAGUGGAAUGACUAAAAGGGAUUCUAAAGUGUCAACGUAUUCAUUGUUUUAAUUAUAUUACACAAUCCUUUAUUCCUAGAUCGAUCGACGUCUAGUCCUAUGAAUCAAGACAAGUUCCAAAGUAUAGGCUAAAAAGUUAUCUUUGUAAAUUCGAUCUUUUAUCAGCAGUUAUUACUUAUCAUGACAUCUAAAGUUUGUCAGAGACGAUUCGUGUGUGUUACUAUACUUCUCUGUUUAGCAUAGUUAAAGUUAUUCUCAACGAUGUUUGAUAAUCAAUGAAAACAUUAUAUAAAUUAUCGAUAAAAUCGUAUGUUACAAAGUUAUAUUCUAUCCGACGGACAGCGAUAUACCAUUGAGAGACGUGAUUUCUUGUCGUUUAUUUUUCAUUACCAACGUGUUACAUUGAAUCUCCAUUGAAAGAAGAUUAUGCAAAUAUAUUUUUGUAACUUAUCGGAGCUUCGUGGAAAUGAUCUAACGAGCUUCGUCGAUACGUGGACCGAAGGAUAAUCGGAAAAUGUGAUCUAUAAAGGUUUCAAAGAGAUAAUACACACAAAAACAGAGAGAAAUAUCUAAAUUCUUGAAUUAUAUCAUUGAUGAUAAAAGAUUGAGAACUCUCCUGUGGAGAGAAGAACAAUUAUCGAGCUGGUACCAAACAUGGUCCUGGAACCAGGAGGCGGUUUAUCCUUUCCUUUGCCUCCUGGUAGCGGCUCAACAGCAUCCGGCGGCUCGCUUUUGGCACCGGCCAGAUUGUUUCAAAGAGCAACACCAGUCUUCCCAUUCCAUCUUACGGGAUGGCCACCUCAUCAUCCGGUUCUGGGCCAGGUCCAAAGCCAAGUUCAGCAAUCGAUGCAAGCACAGCAUCAAGCUGCCGCGGCAGCUGUCAGAUACUUCAGUCAUCAUCAUCCUCAUCAUCCUCAUCCUGCUUUGGGAAAUCAUCCUUUGGUACCGACUAUUACCGGUCAUCAUCCGGCAGCGCAUAAUCUUCAUCACAAUGCAGAUCACGGAGAUGAGGAUGAUGAGAAAAAAGGAUGCGACGCUGAAUCGGACGAAGGUGGUAGCAAAAGACGAAGGAGCAGGACAAACUUUAGUAGCUGGCAACUGGAGGAAUUAGAACGAGCGUUCCUGUCGAGUCAUUAUCCCGAUGUAUUUAUGCGAGAAGCCCUUGCAGUCAGACUUGAACUUAAAGAAAGCCGCGUAGCUGUUUGGUUUCAAAACCGUAGAGCUAAGUGGAGGAAAAAGGAACACACGAAGAAGGGACCAGGUAGGCCGGCACACAACGCUCAUCCACAAAGUUGCAGCGGCGAACCAAUACCACCGGAAGAAUUGAGGAGAAAAGAACGUGAAAGGCGGCAAAAGAAAUUGCUCAAAGCACUUGAACGUCAACAACGAAAACUCGCCGCCAAGGGUAUAACGGUGGAUCUGUCGACACUGAGAGCCGAAUGGGAAUCCAGAACAGCCGCCGCGUCGGGUAGCAAUUCUCUGAGCAGCCAUCUUGGAAAUUCCUUCGGUCAUUCCUUAGGUAGCAACAAUGAGAAUAGCAGCGUCUCCGGUUCGGGUAACGAUGCUAAUGAAGAGAUCGAUGUUGUCGGGGGUUUGGAUUCCUGUAGCGAAAGUGGAAGCGAAAGGGUUGAUUCGGCAGCCGACGGUUCCAUAGAUGGCGAAUCUUAUCCAAGAUUGAUCAACGGUAAUAGCGAUCAAACGGAUCAAAGACAAACUACGAAUAACGCUAGUACCAAUACGCAAAAUCCUAAUUCAACAUUGAGUUUGGAUCAUUUGAAUCAUCAAGAAGGUAUUCAUCAUUGGAGUUUGAGUCUUUUAGAAAGAAGACGCGAAUUGGUUAAUAUAUCAGCUGCUGCUGUUAGACUUGCCGCUAAUAAUAGUAGUAGUAACAACAACAAUAACAACAUUAACAACAACAAUAACAACAACAACAACGUUACUCGACUGAUUAGGCAACAAAGUAGCGAAGAGGAUGUUCAAAGUAGCAGCAUAGAUUUGUCCGUUAAGGGUCGCGAGGAGAGAAAAAGGCUGAAUCCAUUUUCUAUCGACAGUCUACUUGGUAAUAACAAAAGAUCAUGUACACCUGGAAUUAAUCAGAACGAGCAUCGAGCUUCCACACCAACAUUGUCGAAUGGAAGGGAGUCUAGUACUCCUACGUCACCUAUUUCGGUACCAACUUCACCGUCCACGACGUAGUGACGAUUAUUCGAUCAUUUAGUCUGAUUUUUUGUAAGUUCAUUUUUUAUCAAGUCAAAAACAAAAUGAGAAAAGAAAAGAAGAAGAAG